AUGUCUGAACCUAUUAGAAACAAGAAAGCCGACUUCCCAGUCGCCCCGACGCCACAGAACACGCCAGCCAACAACGCGCCUAUUUCAUCUCAUGCCCAACAACCUGGAGUCGCUAGCAUCAAAGAAGAGUCCCUUGACCAUGCAGCAGCGGCUUCCUUAUUUGCCAGAAACCCUGGGCUUGUCUCCAUGAUUCAAGGAAAGCUCGGAUCGCUUGUCGGACGCUCAUCGGGCUACAUCGAAUCUCUUCCCGCACCUGUGCGUCGGCGCGUUGCCGGUUUGAAGGGUAUUCAGAAGGAGCAUGCCAAGCUGGAGGCUCAGUUCCAGGAGGAAGUAUUGGAGCUGGAAAAGAAGUACUUCGCCAAGUUUACUCCUCUGUAUCAAAGACGUGCCACAAUCGUGAAUGGGGCAGCGGAGCCGACUUAUGAUGAAAUUGAUGCGGGCAAAGAGGAUGACGAAGAAGAAGACAUCGAUGCUAAGGAGGAGGGAGAAAAGGACGAGGAGAAACAUGUCACAACCUCUGGAAUUCCAGAAUUCUGGCUCUCUGCUAUGAAGAACCAGAUCUCGCUUGCGGAGAUGAUCACCGAGCGGGACGAAGAGGCUUUGAAGCAUCUCACUGAUGUUCGCAUGGAGUAUCUGGACCGUCCCGGUUUCCGACUCAUUUUCGAAUUUGCAGAAAACGAGUUCUUCACAAACAAGACCAUUUCGAAAACCUACUACUACAAAGAGGAGAAUGGAUAUGGCGGGGAUUUCAUUUAUGAUCAUGCGGAGGGUUCCAACAUUGACUGGCACACAGACAAGGAUCUUACUGUCCGUGUGGAGAGCAAAAAGCAGCGAAACAAGAAUACCAAGCAAACUCGAGUUGUCAAGGUCACUGUGCCUACUGAGUCCUUCUUUAACUUCUUCUCUCCUCCACAGCCCCCUACUGAUGACGACGACACCAUUGCUACCGAUAUUGAAGAGCGCCUCGAACUGGACUACCAGCUCGGCGAGGAUAUCAAGGAAAAGCUCAUACCCCGCGCGAUUGACUGGUUCACUGGCGAAGCUCUUCAGUUCGAAGAACUUGGUGACGAUAUGGAUCCGGAUGACUUUGAUGACGAGGACGACGAGGACGAGGAUGAUGAGGAUGAGGACGAGGACGAUGACCGGAGAUCUGACCGGGAUGUUGACGAUGAAUCUGAUGAAGAGGACGGAACUUCCAAGCCAAAAAAGGAAGCAGCAGAAUGCAAGCAAAGCUGA